CCCUUUGGUACAGGCCUUAUAAUCGCCGCGUCUGUUCUAGUCGCCGCCGGAAUCGCCAUAUACGAAAGUCCUCAAGUACGACAAUGGGUUGACCAAUCUCGCCGCAAGAUCGCCGUGGCCCUACAUUCUCUGGGCGACGACAUCCAGCCGCGCCGGCAGAGCGAGUCUUCCGAUGACUUUGAAGAGAGGAAGAGAAGACGCGAAGAGCUGAUACGAAGAAACCGUAAUGAGUUGAUUAGGCGAGCUCGUGAGGAAGGCAUAGCAGUCGACCUGGACGAGCUGGCCAGGAUCGGCACUGAAGAUGCCGCGCUCGCUGAGAGACGGUCACCCGCCAAUAGGGCGAAGAGCUUUGACGAGCUGGUCGGCAGUGACGGCAUGCUGAGACAGGGCGUAACUGCAACAGGCACCGAGUCUACGAACAAUGGAGUUAGGAAGCGUGGUGCAGCUGGCUUUGCAGCUGGCGCCGCCGCUGCGGCAGCCAUGGCCAAUCCCUUCGAUGACGAGAACGUUCUGUUCGAUGUCGGCGAUGACGACGAGGCCCCUUCUCCCAAGCCUUUUAUCUGCGAAGAACCUACUCCUCGCUCGCGCUCCGCCACUCUCGAAGCUGGCACACCACCAAUCGAGGCGCCCAUUGACCCUUCCUCUGCAGUUCCCCUCAUCGACCUGACUUCUGAGCCUCAGUCCAGCGACCAAGCUGCCCAGUCGUUCUACUCUUUCACCUCUUCCAACGACGGCGACGAAGAGUUCGAACAAAUGUCAGCCGGUACAUUAACACCGCGCUCCGAUCGGUCUGGCACCACAGGCGCCUCCGUUGUGCCCAGCCACACCGACGACGUUGCAGUCCUGAGCAUGCAGAACGACGCAGACCAUGACGCACGCUCAGAAGUUUUUUCUGAAAGUGGCUUCACAGAUGCUGGAUACAGUGACUUUGAGCUCGGCGAUAGGACUGGUGUCAUGACGCCCAACUCGUGGACAGAUGUCGGUAGCGACAACGAGAGCGAGUGGGGCGGGCCUCAGGGCAACGGCCAGGUGAGCCAGAUCCACCAGUAG